AUGGCGGAGAACGAGUUCCUUGGUUUCGACGAGACGACUGAGGGGGCGUCCGGAGGAAACACGGUGGUUGGCACCAAGCAAAAGGUUGCCAAUCUGACAUCCGCCGUAUCCGACCCGGAAACAGCAGCGAAACUGAAAUCGUUCGUUCGCCAGAGAGACCAGGUAAUGAAUAAGGUGCUCCGAAUCUACGAGGAUGUUAACGUCCAAGCUCCGAUCGAUCCGUCGCACUUGAAAGUGUACGCAGCGAAGCUACACUCAGCGUACGACGAGUAUUCGAAGUACCACAGCGAAAUUAUAGCGAUAAUCCCGGAUGACGAGGUGAAUGCGCAGGAGAAUGAGUACAUCCGCUUCGAAAACUACUUCCAACAUACUUCCGCCGCAGUCGAAGCUCGCAUUUUGCGGACACCCGUCAUCCAAGUGGCCCCACCAGCGCAAGUUGUCGUCCACCAGCAGCCAUUAAAAGCACCGAUCCCGACUUUCGACGGUGAGUACACCAAGUGGCCGAAGUUCAAGGCGAUGUUUCAGGACGUCAUGGCCCAGUCCCGCGACUCGGAUGCGAUAAAGCUCUACCACCUUGAUAAGGCAUUGGUAGGAGCAGCCGCAGGAGUACUGGAUGCCAAGACGAUAAACGACGGCAACUACGCUCAAGCCUGGACCCUGCUAGCGGAACGCUACGAGAACAAACGAGUGAUCGUGGAAACGCAUAUCCGCGGUCUGCUGUCACUCAAGAAAAUGACGUCCGAAUCCCACAGAGAACUGCGAUCCCUCCUCGAUGAGUGCAUCAAUCACGUCGAGAGUCUAGCGUACUUGAAGCAGCAAGUAUCCGGAGUGUCCGAACUGAUGGUCGUCUACCUGCUGACUGCAGCGCUGGAUAAAUCGACACGAAAGCAAUGGGAACAAACCCUGAAGCCAGGUGAGUUACCGCAAUACAAAUCCACGAUAGCCUUCCUGAAGGCACAGUGCCAAGUGCUGGAGAGAUGCGAAGCUGCGUAUUCUCAGACAGCAACGAAGCCAAUUCCGAAGCAGCAGAGUUCAGCGCCGAAGGUUACCAGUCAACGAUCACAUCCGGCGACGACGAGCUCCGAAGUGUCCAACGAGAAAUGCGAUUUCUGUGAUGCUCCACACCGAAACUAUCAAUGCAACAAACUCAGCACGCUAAACAGUGCUGAAAAGUUCGAGAAGGUUCGUUCGGCGAACAUCUGUUUCAACUGCCUCCGAAAGGGACACCGUUCCAACGCCUGCCCUUCACCGAAGACCUGCCAAAAGUGUCACAAGCGACACCACACCCAACUGCACGACGACGAAUCGAACCCGAAGCAAGAAUCCAAGACCGCCACCGUGGCCACUGAACCGAAACACGACGAGCCUGGCCAGGGACAAUUGUCUCCAGUGCCAGCCCCCCAGGCAGUCCCACCUCCAGAAACCGUUACGACCGCCUGCCAUCUGGACAACGCCCACGCUCCGAAAACAGUACUACUGCUGACAGCGGUGGUCUUGGUCACCGAUCGAAACAAUCAAACCCAGCAGUGUCGAGUUCUUCUCGAUAGUGGGUCACAAGCGAACUUCAUCACCGAGAAUAUGACGAACACUCUCGGCAUGGAGAAGAAGCGUGCUAAUGUUCCGAUUUCUGGCAUAAACAAUGUCCGAAGACUAGCACGAGACAAGGUUGAGGUGCAAUUCCAAUCCCGAUGCAGCGAUUUCCGUGCCACACUGGAAUGCCUGGUGACCCCCAAAGUCACUGGAACGAUCCCGACGACCGAUAUCGAUGUUACCAGCUGGCUGCUCCCAGACGGCAUUCAGCUGGCCGACCCGUCGUUCUUCCGAACCGACAAAGUUGACAUGCUGAUUGGCGCUGAGUUGUUCUUUGCGCUAAUGAAGCCAGGGCACAUCACACUCGACGACGGUUUGCCCGAACUACGUAACUCGCACUUGGGAUGGUUGGUUACCGGCACGUAA